GUACUGUCCUGGUCCGUUCAUCGCGACAAGCUAGAGUUAACCUUGACUCUCUUCUCCCACCUCUCUCCUUCGCUUCUUCUUCUUCAGCGAGCGAGAAACAUGGACGCCGAGAAGACAUGCCGUCAAUCCGUCAUUCUACUCCACAACGCGAUGAUCGUGACCGUCGAUUCUCAAAACAGAGUCUUCCGGAACGGCGGUCUCGUUGUUGAUGGAGAUAAGAUCACAGCCAUCGGCCAAUCUCCUCAAAUUCUCCGCGAUUUCUCCGCUUCCGCUGACGAAAUCGUUGACCUCCAAGGCCGCAUCUUGCUUCCAGGUUUUAUCAAUACUCAUGUUCACACCUCUCAACAGCUAGCAAGAGGGAUAGCUGAUGAUGUUGAUUUGAUGACUUGGUUACACGGCCGUAUCUGGCCAUAUGAAUCAAGCAUGACAGAGGAGGAUUCAUAUAUCUCGACGUUACUGUGUGGAAUCGAGCUCAUACACUCUGGUGUGACAUGCUUUGCUGAAGCAGGUGGGCAGCAUGUUUCUGAAAUGGCACGGGCAGUGGAAUUAUUGGGCAUACGGGCAUGUUUAACACAAUCGACCAUGGAUUCUGGUGAGGGUCUUCCUGCAAAUUGGAGUAUUCACACCACUGAUUAUUGUAUUCAGUCCCAAAAGGAUCUCUACAAGAAGCAUCAUGAUACGGCAGAUGGACGCAUUAGAGUAUGGUUCGGAUUAAGACAAAUUAUGAAUGCAACUGAUCGUUUAUUACUUGAGACUAGAGACGUGGCCAAAGAACUCAAUACAGGCAUUCACAUGCAUGUUGCAGAGAUAGCUUACGAGAAUCAACACGUGAUGAGGACUAGAGAAGUUAAUCAUGGAACAGUGGCAUACUUGGAGAAAAUAGGGCUUCUACAGAGUAAUUUGUUAGCAGUUCAUUCUGUUUGGGUCAAUGAUGCUGAGAUUGGUUUUCUUUCAAGAGCUGGUGUGAAAGUUUCCCAUUGUCCUGCUGCUGCAAUGCGCAUGCUAGGCUUUGCUCCCAUAAAGGAGAUGCUUGAGUCUGGAAUUUGCAUCUCCUUGGGUACAGAUGGAGCUCCAUCAAAUAAUAGGAUGAGCAUUGUUGAUGAAAUGUUUCUAGCUUCACUAGUUAACAAAGGACGGGAAGCUCAUACAAAGGGAACGACCGAUCCCACUGCUGUUCCUGCUGAAACCGUUCUACAAAUGGUGACAGUAAAUGGCGCAAAAUCAGUACUAUGGGACAAUGAAAUUGGAUCUCUUGAGAUUGGGAAAAAGGCUGACAUGAUCAUUGUCAAUCCCUUUUCAUGGUCUAUGGUUCCCUUACAUGACUGCAUUUCCAGCCUCGUUUAUUGUAUGCGAACAGAGAACAUUGAUUCCGUCAUGUGUAAUGGCAGAUGGAUUAUGAAGAAUCAAAAGAUCUUGACUGUGAAUGAGGCCACAGGACUGGAAAAGGGAAAUGAUAUGCUCAAGUGGUUGGCUGCACAAAAUUUUAAGGAGCCCGCCAAAAUGCGUAUGCCAAACACCACUCACAUGCUAAAACAUGACAAACAAUCGAUUGAAGAGAAGUUGCAUGAAUGGGGUUAGUAAUUGGAGGACCUCUUCCAACUGAAGUAGUGGCAAGGCAUUAUCCUUGAAAGACAAGAAGGGUCCUCAUGUAAGCAAAAAGGUGAGUGAGAGUCCCCAUCUCAACUUCUAUUCGACCUACAACUGCCAUUGAUUGAAUGCCCUUUUUUCCAUACAGUCAAAUGUUUAGCAUAUGAGUGGUGUCUGGAAAAUAUCUUCCGGUGGCUCCUUACAAAAGCGUAUACAACCGCUCGAGCAUGUUCUUUCUGGUAUGAUGGUGGCCUUUUGCUUAGUGCACUUUUUCUGUUGAAUUUGAAUCAUUAGUUUAUUAUUAUUAUUUCCUUAACCAUCCAUUUUCAUGCUAACUAUCAAAUGUCUAGGACCGUCUUAUCAGGUAGAUUUUAGGGUCACAGUCCUUCCCACCAUGGGGCCCAUCUGAUUAGUGAACCCAGGGCCCUAAUUUUACAAACUGAAGGCGAUACAAUAAAUACCCUCGGUCAAGCAUCAUGCAGUUCAUAUGUUUGAAUUGCAUAUGUUAUUCAAUGCAGGCUAACCAAGUUCCUAC